UGCCGACGUACUCGCUAUGUACUCUCUGCAAUGACUCCUGGUAUACGUGACAGUUGGAUCACAGCACUCCAACAGAAUAGGCACAAUCCUUCUCCAACCUAUGCAGAGACUUGUGCAUCGAAUGAUACGAUGAGUAUGGCCGACAGUUCGGAUAUUCUUGGCAUGCCUCUGGUGCAGAACCUUCGCGAUCAACUGCGAGAGACUUCCGUCCGUCUGGGUGAUUCGAAGACCGAGAAUGAACGACUACGCUAUCUCUACAAUAGCAGCGAGUCAAGCUCAUUGAUGGCCCUCCGCAAAUCCCUUGCCGUUGCUGAGCAAGAUGUACGCAAAAAGCAAGAAGAAAUGGAAGAACUUCGAUCACAGCUCGUCAAUCAGGACUAUGAACAACGCAUAGCCGCGUUGCAACCGCGUCUCAUCACGAUGUUGCGAGUACAAUUGGCAGCAAUUUCGAACAUCAUCAAAUCACAGCUUCUUGAUCGGAGCCUGUCUGUCAACGAAGACAUUGCGGAAUUGAAACAGAUGCUUGACGAUGUGAAUGAUGGUGAUUUGGAGGAGAUUCAGAAAAUUCUCGAACAUACCACUGUGCUCUAUGAUCAGAUCUCACGUAGUAUUGUAACACCGUCACAGUCUGAUUCGUGGACGAUGACCGAACCACUGGAAGGUGAAUCGGACUAUUAUGAUGAUGAAGAGGAAUUGGAUACAAAGCAAGAAAGUGAAUGGCAAGCUGAAAUGACUGCUAUACAGAACACCCAUCAGUCCGAAUUGGAAACGAUUCGCCACCAUUAUGAGCAUCAGCUGAAAGGAAUGCGAGAACGUAUAGAACAUGAAGAGGCACGACGACGAAAAUUGCAAGAGGAACUCGUACAGAUUACGACUCGGAAUGAUCAAUCGUUGACUACUGUCAAAGCGUCUUUUGAAGAUGUACUAGAAGAGCAACGUAGCGGAUUUCAAGAAGAAAUGGAACAGCUUCGAAAGGAACAUCAACGAGAAUUGGAUGAGGAAAAAGCUGCGACGAGGCUAGCCUUAGAAGCCGUACGCCGAGCUCAUGAAGAAGAGCUGAGGCAAGCCACGUCGAAGAAAGCGAACGGAGAGAAAGAUCGCGAUACGACACGGCAAAAUGCGAUGUUGGAGCAGAUGAGGGAGGAAUUGACGAAUUUGUCAGCCGCCUAUUCAGCCAAAUGCAUCGAGAACGCUCAACUUGACGAGCGACUAUCCGCACUGAUGGAAGAGCGGGAGCGAGAAGGUGAAAGUGAGGACAUACAACGACUGCAACGCGAUUUGAUGGCUCGUGAUUCGCAAGUGGCCGAGUUGCAACGGCGAAUUUCAGCAUACGAACGGCGUACCAGCGGCGAAUCGCCUAUUGUCGCUAGCGACAAGGACGAGUUACCCUCGGAGGUACCGUGCUCCGAGAAAACCAACUCAGCAGUCAAGUAUAGAAAGAUGAAUAAAAGCCGACGUACUGAUAUUCGCUUCCACAGUAAUCCAGUAAUUCCGAUUCUCGAAGGAGUACCCGAAUAUCUGGCUGAUGAUGUACGUCGUUCGUUAGCCGUACCCGUUAGUGAACGUCGUAAAUUUUUUGAAACCAUUGCCGAAUACAGUACCCCAUUCUGA